CUAUCCAUCCUGCUCAUUGUUGUUGACAUUGACAGACCGAGAACGAGCAGCUGAGACGAGCGCACAGGAGCUGCUGCUCAAUCGUCUUUGGAGCAAUGCCCGUCCACGCAAUCAUCCCAGCCGCUGUGCAAUCCUCCCAAUCCCACUACACAUCCGGAGCUGGACCGAGCAACGGGGCUACAUACCCUUCAAAUCAACAUCGCCGGCCAAUUCGAGUCUCCUACGGCGCAACCUCUUCGACGCAAAGCUCUCCGCCGAUGGGUGUGAGAAUAGAGGAGCGGGACGAGGACGGCGAUGAUGGCGAUAUCACCAUGACGCUCAGGGAUGGAUUCGGAAUGGACGAUGACGAAGAGCUAGACGGGUCAUGGCGAGCUGGACUAUCCUGGAAAUUUCUAUCGAGGCUUUACUUGGUCAUACCUGUGUCCACGCUAUUAUUCUUCGUCUGCUUGGUGCUGCUGAUAACCUUUGCUUGGCCACCAACGAAACGUGAACGAGACGAAGGACAAGUAUACCCUCAUCCCAUCUUUUGGCGUCCGUUUCUCAUUGGACUAUUCGCAUCAUGUACCGUUCAGACUCUUCGAGUCCCCGUCUGGGUAUUCAUGUCGUGGUUCAGCAUCCCACCAUCCCUUGAAACCUUUUUAUCGACUACCACCCAUACUAUCUUACAUGAGCUUGUUCGACUAUCCAGCGUGACAUUGAUCACCCGAACCACAUGCUCAGGGUUUCACUCGGUGUUUUAUCUAGGAUUAGGCUGGGGAGCAGCGGAAGUCGCCUGGGGUAUCGUCCAAGGAUACGAACAGCUGUCACUGUAUGAGGACUUGUUGUCGUCUGGUCAAACUGAAACAUCAGCACCACAAGAAGCAGAUGAGGAGGAAGAGGAUGAGGAGCUAGAGGUCGGCAAUGACACCUUCGCUCUGGAGCAAGAGGCAGUGACGGAUCUAGAGCGAAAAGUGGAGGUCCUGGAACGAGUCCGGGCAAGGAGAGAUCUCGAAGAGGUCAUCGGCGUUCCCUACCCUACCAUCCCUUUCGCGUUACAUAUCCUGUGGAGGAUCGACACGCUCUUGCUGAACCUCGGAUUGACCCUUAUUCUCGCUGCGUUCUACUUCAACCCCUAUCCCCUGUAUGAUGACAGUGACAACCUGCUCCCGCCGUAUCAUUCCGACGAGAAACCCAGUCGGCUGUUGUGGCCUGUAUGGGCGCUAGUCGCGGUACUUCACGUUUGUAUCAGUCUCGUUUGGAAAAUCGUCGGACGAGUGGGCAUUGAAGCGGUCACCUGGGGCGGCCUGAUUGUCGCCCUCGGAGCAUUGUUCUGUGGGCUUGGCGCUUGGGGAGGGCUUGUGUGAUACCGAAGUAUGACCUCUAUCGGGUGAGCGAGGGGCCACAAGGGCCUCUGGGAGCGUUGUAAAGAUACACAACAUACGAUCAUUAUGGCUACAUGUGAAUAUACAGCAUU